UGACUUGCAGCUAGAAAAUACAAUUUUCUAUUUUCCCCAUCAAUCUUCUCCACUCUUCAAUCCCCAAAACAAAAGUCAUCUUCAUAAGAAACAUUCUCCAUGUAAGCUAUACCAUCAAUUCCUUCAUUCCACUACAAAGUAGAAACCAAAAUUUAUCUAAAUGAGAUACCUUUCUUGCAAAGCAGAAUCUGCCAUAGCCACCAUCUCCUCACCCAACACCCAACAAAACCCAACAAAUUCCAAGCAAGAAAAGCCCUUUAAGAUCCAACAAUUCCACUACAGUGACCUUGAAGCAGCCACAAAUGGGUUUUCUGAACAGAAACUGCUCGGAAAGGGCAGCCAUGGUUGUGUCUACAAGGCCGUUCUCCGUGGCCGCCAUGUUGCUGUUAAGAAACCUUCAAAGGGUCAAGAAAUCAACCAGGAAGUCGAUAACGAGAUGGAGAUCUUGUCAAAGAUUCACAGCCCGAGAUUGGUCAACCUAUUGGGUUUUGCAACUGACACCAAAGAUCGCCUUCUUGUUGUUGAAUUCAUGAGCAAUGGUACUCUCUUUGACAUCCUUCAUUCCAAUUCUAGACCCCCAAAUUGGGGUAGAAGGAUUAGAUUAGCAUUGCAAAUAGCAAAGGCCAUAGAGACACUUCACUCGCAAAACCCACCAAUAAUUCAUAGAGAUAUCAAGUCUGCUAAUGUUUUGAUUGAUAAGAAUUUCAAUGCAAAGUUGGGUGAUUUUGGGUUGGCACUUAUGUGUGGUGUCGAUGAUUAUAGGCUUAAAUCAACCCCACCUGCAGGUACCAUGGGCUAUCUCGAUCCAUGUUAUGUGACACCAAAUAAUUUGAGUACUAAAAUUGAUGUAUUUAGUUUUGGGAUUCUGUUGUUGGAGAUAAUUAGUGGAAGGAAAGCUAUUGAUAUGAGCAAUUCCCCGCCUUCCAUUGUGGAUUGGGCAAUUCCACUUGUGAAGGGAGAGAAGCUUGGUGCUAUAUUCGAUCCACAAAUUGCACCACUUAAGGAUCUUUUCGUUAGGAAGCAACUGGCAUUGAUUGCUUCUAAAUGUGUGAGGUCAUGUAGAGAACGACGGCCUGCAAUGAAAGAUGUUGUUAAUUGGUUAACUUCAUUGAGUAAAUUGGCUCCUCUUCAUUCAUGGAAUGCAUUUAACAAUCAAUGUUUGAUGGUGGAGACGGUGGGGCGUCCUGUCCAGUUCAGAAGUACCCAAUUGGGUUUGAGAGCAGAGAAUGAUGGCGGAGACAACGCGGAUGGUGUAGAUGGUAAAUUUGGUUUCCGGGCUAUAAAUAGUUCACAGAGAGUAUAUUCAGAUUUGGGUUUCAGUAGCAACUUGAUGGAACUCAUGGCCGACACUGACGGCCAAUCUGAAAGAUGGGGGGAGACUGAUGAGGUUGACAAUAACUCAAAAUCAUCACGUCGAUUUGGUAGUAGAGCACAUGGUUACAAAGGGAAAAUUCAGUCGCUUGAUCAUUGUAAAAACAAAGAUGUAUUCCACUAUAAGCGCAGCCAAUCCGUGGGAGGUGAUGCAGAGUUAUUUUCGAGAGGUGGUGAUGCAAUUUCUCGUUCGAGUAUUAGCGUUCAUCUGGCUGAUAACUUGUAGAUCCUCGAAAAACUUGUUGAAGCAACUCGACUUUCGGGCACAACUCAGGCCUGUAAGUUUCUUUUUUUCUUUCACUGGUUCGUGAUUUUAUCAAUCAAUUAUUCUUCCGUUGUUUGAAAUGUUUUAUGCUGUUCAUUUAGUGUGUAUGUAAAUGAAUGGCGCAUUGCUUGUCCGUGACAUAGGUUUUCUUCUAACCUUUUCAUCUUUGUCAUUUAAGCUCAUUGGCAGCUUCUGUUGAAUGAAUUCAUUAAGCUUAUUCAUACUCCAUCUGCUAGCAAUCUGCUCACUGCUGUUUCUAUGAUUCCCAACACUACCAAUGUAUCUUGCUUCAUAUUUGUAUGAAACUCAAGUUUCUGUGAAA